GAUGUGCGUUAUGGAUUGUUGCGAAUUAGUUAGAAAUGACUUUCCGGUGGAGUUGUUUAGAAAAUUGCAUAGGUUUAAUGAUGAUAUUUUGAGGGUGUUGGUAAAAAAAAAUAGAUGUACAUUGUUUUUUUUUUGAUUUGGCUUUGGAUUUCACAUCUUAACCACCCACAUCGGUACACAUUUACCACACACACAUGCUCAUCCAUCUUAUUGUUACUCCACUGUGAUUUUUCAAUGCUGAUACGCAAGACGAGUUUCAGGUUCAGUUCCGCUUUAGUCACCAACCAUAUCGGAUGUGCGAAACGGAGACCGGGUUCGUUCUUCUCUCAACCAAGUUUUUGAAAAAGUUGGUGGUGUGAUAGUCAAGAAAACGGUACAGUGUCGAUGAUAUUUCUCUGGCAGAUCACUGGUAUAUUCCAGGCACGUUAGCCAAGUGACUUGAGACGAGAAAUUUAAUGCCACGUUUUUCAUAAUUCAUCCUCCCGGUUCGAUAGAAAAGAAUAACAAGAAAUCCUUAGGCAGCGACCUUCCGCCCGUCACGAGGAUUUACGUGAAGAGAAAAAUGUGAUUGUGAAUGGUGGUAUUUAUUUGUGAAACCUAGAGGUUGAGCCCAUACGAGAAGAAAGAAAAAAAAAAUCACACAAGACUCCCUAUUAAUCAUAAGAGGAUUAUACUGUGGAAAAAUUGUGAAAUCUCUUCGUUUGUUUGGUUGUUCAGUAAAAAAAAGGGCAUUUGAGUUUUUUUUGCUGUGAUUUUGCCCCUCACGUAGUGCAAGGAGGACGAGAAGUUCUAAUUUUGGAUUACCACAUACAUUUGCCUAGCAAGGAUAAUGGAUAAAUGCUGAAUAAGGGCGAGCACAGGAGGAACACAAAAAAAAAACCGUUUUUUUGAAAAGAGGAAAGUUAGACAUUGCUCCACGUGAAUAAAAAAAACACAAGAGAGAGAACUUUCCUCAGUUCUGAUAGCAAUCUGACCUAAGACGUGGGGGUUGAAUGUGCGUGUCUUUUAAUCAUUAUCUCCGAAAUUUUUGGAAGAAGAAAUUUGUUGUGGUAAUGCUGGUGAAAUUGAAUGUGUUAGAGGCAGAUUGGCCAAUGGACACUGAUGGACUGUUGAUGGAGUGUUCAGCGUGUGAAAGAAAAAAAUUGUUGCACCACUGAAAAGACAAAUUAAUUGACAACCCCUAGACUGAUGAGAAUUCAGUGCAUAUACAUAGCUCCUGUGCCACAAAUUUAACCCAUUGAGGGAGUGGCAAGGUAUUCUAUAGUGCGUGAUUGUGACGUGAGAAAUGCACCCUGAAGGUUCACAGUUGGAUUAAUGUGGAAUGUAGAAUUUGUGAAUGGUGAUGCACUAAAAUAUCCUCACUAAAGUGGUGGAUUGUAGGUCAUGUUUUAGCCAUACUGUCCUAGAGCACUUUCUCUGGAAAUGUAGGAGAAUACCGGAUAAAAUUGGUGAUAAUGCGAAGAUGAGGUGGAAUUUUGGGUGAACAUUCGAAUGUUGGAUAAUUUGAUUAGUUGUGUGGAAAGAGUAUUUCUAACUGCACAAUGUUAUUAUUGCGGAUUAACAAGGGCCAUUUGAAUGCUUCUCCUGCAGUGUGCAUUCUAUCGUCCAUCCUCUUGGUACCAUUUAUUUGGAUGUCGACGCUCAUGGCCAGUACGGAGGGUCGUGGUGAGGGACUAUGCCCCACGGUGUGUGCAUGUAAGUGGAAAGGUGGAAAACAAACUGUCGAAUGUAUCGAUCGUGCCCUGAUUACCAUACCAGAGCAUGUGGAUGGAUCCACGCAGGUGCUGGACAUGUCUGGCAAUAAUCUCCAAAUACUGCCCCAAGAUACAUUCAUUAGGACGGGUCUGCUAAAUUUGCAGCGAAUCUAUUUGCGUAGCUGUCGACUGGGUCAAAUACACGAUCUAGCUUUUCGUGGUUUGACAAAUCUUGUGGAACUAGAUCUAUCGCACAAUCUCCUAACGGCCGUACCAUCGGUCACCCUCAGUCAUAUUACCCUACUGCGGGAUCUGACCCUGGCUAAAAACCCCAUACAGAAAAUUGAGGGGCACGCCUUUACCACCGUGCCGAACCUCGUGAAACUCGACCUAAGUCACUGUGACCUGCACACGAUAGCACCACAAGCAUUUGAGGGCCUCAAACUCUUGCAUGCACUUAAGCUCAACGGUAACAAACUUAUUGAACUACGACCACGCACUGUUGAGACUCUCAGCAAUCUGCACGGUGUCGAGCUGCAUGACAACCCAUGGGUCUGCGAUUGCAGACUGCGAGCAGUCAAGAUUUGGCUCACGGACAACAACAUCCCCUAUCCUGUUGCACCAAUUUGCUCCGGAGGACCCGAACGAGUUCUCGAUCGCACCUUUGCCGAACUCACAAUCGACGACUUUGCUUGCCGACCCGAGAUGCUACCCGUGAGUCGGUACAUUGAUGCGACAACCGGCGAGAAUGCCACGAUUCACUGUAGAGCUGAUGCAGUACCUCCAGCCCAGAUCAACUGGUACUGGAACGGUAGGCUGUUAGUCAACAACUCCGCCUUCAGUUCAUACCAAAAGGUUCAUGUGUAUGAGAGUGGUCAGUUUGAGAAAGUGUCUCGCCUAGUGCUGACCAAUGCCCAAGAGACUGAUUCAUCGGACUUCUAUUGUGUGGCUGAGAAUCGUGCUGGGAAUGCUGAAGCCAAUUUCACCCUUCAUGUGUCAAUGAGACAAGCUGGCAUGGCCACUCUGGGUAGUGGUCAAAUUGCCGGCCUUAGUGCAGCACUUGUCAUUCUCAUUCUCUUCAUCCUCCUCAUCAUACUCUUCCUCUUGGUGCGCUUGAGGCGAACCCCCUUUGUCGACACCAAGACACCAAAUCGCCUGGAUACCGUCAUCACGAGUGUCGGUGCUGGUGGUCAAAGCAAUAGCAAUCUCAAAGCAUGCACACAGAAUAGUGUCAAUGAUGCAGCAGCGGGAAAUGAGAGAACUUUGGCAACGGAUCUCAAGCACACGAAUCCCGUACAAAAGCCUCCAAGGCUGUCGGAUAUAACUUACACCACCAGCCAUUAUGAUCGGAAUGGGAGUCUCAUAGCUGCCGGUUCGUGCUUCCUCUCGCCAACAGCAUCAGCGGAUAACAAUCCCGACCUCAUUAAUGACACGAAACAACUGGAGAGUGGUGAAUUUGCUGGGGAACCUGGAGCACUGCCACCGCCUGUACUUCAACCACUUGGUGAGGCGAUGGAUGCCAAGGGGGAGCUGUUUGAGCGACCAGGAAGUGGGGAAUACAGUCGGAUGGGGUGUGACAGCCUCUAUCCCAGUGGACUAUGGGAGCAAUCGAAUGGGCCAGCCGGGGAGGAUCACUUCCUGAGGCGGACUGCAACAGGAGGCCACCCAUAUGCGUACAGUGACAAAACCCCCAUUAUGGGUGGCAGCAGUCACUCGAUAAAUUUUGAUGACAGCGAGAGGGUUGGCUUCCAGGGUGGCAUCUCAAAUGCCAUGAGAAUGGUGAGUGAUCCGGCUGGUGUCAACACAUCGCACGCCGACUGCACAAAUGCACUUGGCUACCCAUCGGACUAUGGACUACCAAUUGGCGGUGGCAGCAUUGAGCGGAAUCAGCCAAAACCACCGCAUGGUAUGCCGACUAAUGCAAAAACAAUUAGAGUGUGGCAGCGAGGUGGUGUUCCCGUUCUACCACCCGUCACAGCUGCACUCAAGAGAGCUCUCACCAGCAAUAGAAAUUCUCCGGACGAGGGAUACCAAGAAGGAUGUGGGACGGAUGUGUAGUGGAUUUCAGCAUAUCAACAUAGAGAGGUAACCAUUCUUUUAUACGUGCACCAACCAUCAAACGACCACCUCUCUCGCUGAACUGUGCAGGAAAAAGUGCUAUGAUACAUAUGCGAUAGAGAUACCAAAUAAUGUGAGUAGAUGGAUUGUGAAUACAAUAUUUAUACUGGACAUAAUUAAUAGGAAAUGAAAAAUAAAACGAAUGAAAAAAAAAUCUUUAUAUUCGAUCUUAGAAAGAGAAACAGAUAAAAAAAAUCAUUUAUUUAGAUGCUUAAGGAUUGCGAGAUAUAGUUUAAAACUUUAAUAAAAAAAACAUGAAGGAGAAAACUGAAGACGUAUGAUGGAUUGAGGUGAUUUAUAUGAUUAAGACAAAUACGAACAUGUAUGUAACAUACUUUUAAGGAUAAGAAUAAUCGUUAGUGAAAUACACUCUAUAUUUGGUAUCUAAUGAACAGAAUGAGAGGACAUCAUGUUAAAAACACUGAGACAAAAAAAAAACAAAGAAAAAACAAUUUUGAAAGGUACAGUGUCAAUGUUAAAAAUAGUAAUUUCAUAUCGUUUUAUUAAAAUAUAAAAUUUGAAUAUUCAAAGAGACUUUUUAUUUUUUUUUAACAAAAUAUUUCUCAGAUUUUUCAAUUACAUUUAUUCAUAUUGGAAAUUUAUAGAAGAUUAAGCUUAAUUUAAAAUAGAAAAGCGAAAAACAAACGUGAAACAAUUUUGUUGUUUAAAUUUUUUUUCUACAAAUACUAUGGGCAAAAUUAUAGAAUUGUCCUAUCCAAAAACCAUUUUGUGACUAGACUUUUGCCCCUGAGUCUUUCAUUUAUCAAAUAAAACAAUUAAAGCGUGAAAGUUACAGCAUUCUGAUGAUUCUUUUCUAGGAAAAUUGCUUCUUUACGAAAAAAGACCUCGUAAUAAAUAAUUGAUUAGCUCGUCUUGAUAUCCUGAAAUCAUUUUCGCUGAAAAAAUAAAUAAAAUCUGUCUAUUUUUUUUCCUAUUAUUCGGUAAUUAGCUGACCAUUUCCUAAGUUAAGUACACAAGUAUGAAAGUGAGAUAAUUAUGAAAAAGGUAUCUCUCAUCGAUAAAAUAUUUACACAAUUUUCAUAAAAAAGCACAAUGUUAAAAUUAAAGAAUUGCUCUAAUUUAUUCUCAAAUGUCAUUUUUUUAAAGAAAACAUACAAUCACAGAGCUUUUAAAAAUUUAAAAAUUACUUUUUUCAAUAUUUCUGCAAAGACUUAAUACUCAAAUUCCAAAUCAACCAAUUGCUUUACUUUCUUCUGCUAAAUUUUAAGCAACUCUUGCGAGUGAUGCGAUUAGUUAAAGUUUUCGUAGGGUUUUCAUAGGGUUUACCUAAAAACAAAAAAAAAAAACAAACAAGAACAGUUUCCACGUCGUAAAUUUGCAACAAGACUGAAGCAAGUGAACAUGAACAUUAAAGGAAGUACUUAAAAUCGUGGUUUUGCAAUCCCUCUUGUUGUACUUUUUGCUACCAAUUUGAGCUGUAUAAAGCCUGUCAGGAAGUGAAGAUUCUAGAGGACGACGCUUCUCUGGUCAUGAACAGUGAUUCAAUUACAAGAAUAAGUUAUUUUUAUUUGCAUUAAAAAGUGUAUAAAAACAUUAACAAUUGUUUUCAUAAAAUUGUCUCAAUCAUUUAAAAUUCAAGCAGUUUAUGACACUGUGAAAAAAAGAGGGUGCGAUCAAUUUUUUUUUCCUCAGAACUUUAACACUUUUUAAGUGCAAAAAUAUAUCAACAUUUUUUAAUGUUAAUUUUACACCUUUUUGAGGUUAAAAUUUACACGAAAAAGGGUAACUUUAAUCCCCAAUACACCUAAAAAGGGUAAUAUUUACACCGAUCUUGGAUCAAUACUGCAGGGUAAAAUUAACAUUUCCGGAAUGUUAUUUUAACUUUUUCGGAUUUCUCUCAGUGAACGCAAAUUUUAUUUGAAUUACAACAUAUUAUUUAACUAAAAUGCAUUUUUUUAAAGAAAAAAACGACAGUUGUGAAUUAUGUAUAAACUCUACUGAAAUUCAAAAACUUCAUAUAUUUUUAUUUGAAUAAAAACUGAACUUUAUUUGUUAGGUCGAAAAGAUUCCGUGAAAGAGGUUACGUGAGUCAAAAAAAAAAAAUUAAAAAUCUAAUAAAAAUUUAUAAUUUUUUUCAACUUAAGAAUAUUUAUUUUUAUUUAAAUUUUCAUGCAUAUAAAGGUAUAGCGUUUGAACUAUAAUGCCUAAUAUUUUCAUUAAAAAAUUUUGAAAAUUCAGCCCCUCGGACUUUUUUUGGGAAGCCUAUUUGAGAAAAAAGCAUACUUUUCGGCGGACAAGAUUUCUCAGACUAGGUUCAUCUAAAAUCCAAAAACGAAAUGUGUUGUAUUAGCUGAUGAGAUAAACCAGUCCUUAUUCAAAGAAUUUUUGAAAAAAAAAUAAUAAAUUUGAAUUUUGGAAGAAUUUUGUACAAAAAAUCCCUUUUUUGAGAUAUUUAAUGUCGUCUGUUAAAAUAAAAUGUAAUCAAGUGCAGGGGACAGUACCUAUACUUUGCGCGGUCCCUAGCUUUAUAAUGACUAAAUUAUUCCCAUGUUUCUGAAUAAAUGCAACUCCGCAAUAUGUUUUAAAAACAGGACACUUUCCCCUAGUUUUCAAAAUAUGGGUCCGAUGAGUCAAAUUUAUUGAACAAACAUGGAGAAAAUCUAGUAAUUUUAAAGCUUGGAACCGUUCGAAGCAUGGGCACUGGGCACUUUCCUCUACAUAAAAUUCCUCGUUCAAAGACUAGUUUAAACAGGGGCCCAUCAAGCCUAAUAAAAAGUGAAGCUAUUUUUCACUUUUUCUUGUAAAAAUUUUGCAGAUAUUGCACCGCGACUUAAACAAAUUUGCUUGUAAUUCUUGUAUUACUGCGGCGAACAUUAUGAAAUAUGUAUUUUCAGAUAGCUUUUAAUGCAGGAUUUCAAAAUAUAUCAGACUGAUAACUCAAUUCUCUUUAGGAAAAAACUUGUCAACAGUCUUCAGUGUCUCUAGGCAAAAACGUAUGGAAAAAUGAAAUAUCGAGAGGCCCCUGAUUUUAAACCAUUUAGCUAGGGGGAAGUAGGGCAUCUUUGAAUUGAGGCAGCUUUGAAAUUUGGCUUUUUUCUUCAAUUUUUAAAUGAAACUGGACCUUACUAUGAUAUAAUUUAGCUCAACGGAAUUUAGCGUUGUGAAGCUAAAUUCCGUUAUUAUAAGGCACAAUUCCAUUUCAAAACAGAAGAAAAACCCAAUUUCAAAGGUGCCCCAAUUCAAAGGUGUCCCACUUCGCCCUAACAAGAAACAUUUGGUUUUUAAUUUCAGGUGAACGUACUCUGUGAAAGAUUGUCCUCGGAAAAAUAAGUUUUUUUUUUAAAGUUCUCCGAAAAUUAGGUCUCAUGGGUGAAUUUUCAAAAUUCUGAAAUAAAAAUUUAAGAAAAAGAAUAUUUUAAUGUUGUAUUUUCUUGAAGUUUUGUUUAAAAAUUUAAAAAUUUUAAAUAUUAUACUUUUAUGUCUGAGAGCUUGAAUUAAAUAAUUUUUUUUAUUCUGAAAAAAAUUGAGAAAAAAUUGUUUUUCUAGUUUCCUUGACCCACAUAAUCCUCUAAUUCAUGCCUAAAAAUGAUUAUAACUAUUUUGUGUAGUCGUUUCAUGCAGGAUUUAAUAUUGUUUAAUUUUUUUUUGAAAUUUUUUUUAAUUAUGCUAUAGGAGAUUUUUUUAAUUUCCAACAUUAUCUGCAAUAAAAUUUAUUAGUUUCAUUAUUUUCAAUUAUUUGCUGUCUCGCGAACAUUCGGCACUCGAACUAAUUAGCGAGAGUAUUAGUCCUAAUAUAUGUAUUUUAUGGGACUGAAAAUUUAAUCACGUAAAGUUAAUGUUUUAUGCGCAAAAGUCAAUUAUUAUUUAUUCGGUUAAAUAAUAACCAUUAACUUUUUUAAUUUUAAUGGACAAACUAAUUAAAAAAAAAAACAAUUUGGACAUAUUAUAAACAUUUCGAGAAAUAACUAAAAUGUAAAAGUAAAUGCUCACUUCCCUUAUAAAAUUAUAUUGUCAAUCCAUUCGUUUCAGAUUUAAUACAAAAAAAAGUUUUAGACAAAAUUAAAGUUUAAUUUGAGAAAUGUCUGCACACAAAAUCCCGCAAAAGUUUUGCGAAUUACAUUAUUAAAUUACUCUAUGACAUAAAGUUAUUUAAUAUAACUAUUUUUAACAUGGCACUGUACAAUACAACAGAAUUUAUCAUAAGGUUUUUCAGACAAAUUCCCUGAAAAAGAAAAUGUGGUGAACUAGUUGAAAAAUAUAUCAAAAUUAGAAGUGAACUAUAAAGCAAUUCUUACUUUCAACGUAAACUGGGCAUUAGAACUAUCAAAUCGAUGGGACUGAUUAAAAGAAAAAUUACACUGAGAGUGAAAUUUAUCACUCAUGGUUAAACUGCAUAUCGAAAAUUGUAAUAAAAAAGAAA